AUGGCCAAGGACAAGGAACUCGUGUUGUUCGGCGGGGAGAAGCCAUGGAAAGCCUCAGACUGGACCGCAAGUGACGAUCGCGUACGCGGCGGAAAGUCGCAGUCGUAUCUGGAGACAUCAGAUUCCGCAGCACGCUUCCACGGGCAUCUCGACAUCAAAACACUGGGCGGAGCCGGCUUUGCAAGUCAACGCACCACAGUCGAGGAUAGGACGUGGGAUGUCUCAAACUACGAUGGCAUCAUUCUCAACCUAGGCAAAUCGGAUGGCAAGCGCUACACGUUCAUACUAAAAGAUGAGUUGCUGCCAAGGAAUCCAGACAACGGGCGUGAGCAGGCGACCAUUUCCUGGGAGUACGAUUUCACUGUUUCAGAGGAUGCGGCGCAGGCGGAGAGCUCGUUUGUCUACAUUCCGUGGAAAGAACUUAAGCCGACGUACCGCGGAAAAGAGAAGAAGACAGCCAAGGAAUUCGAUACGAAGAACGUCAAACGGUUCAGUAUCAUGAUGAGGAGCUUCUUCGGAGAUCAGCAAGGGGACUUUUCCCUCACCAUUAAGUCGAUCAAGGCUGUGUCAAGGUCGAAAGAUUUGGAAAAGGGUCCCGCUGAGGUGAGCAUGGCCAAGGUAUCAAUGCGGAGUACUGCUAACCUUCGGCUGUAG